UGUAACGGUAAACGGGUACAUUUUUAAUAAAUAAACGGAUGAAAUUCUAUUAGAAAAUAUAAAAUAAGAACGGGUGACGAGGACGACGGCAGCGAAGUGCAAAGAAUUUUCUUGGAUGAACGUUCGGUUAUUUCGUUGCUGUGAAUUGAUGUGGUGAAAAUGUAUUCAAACAAAAAUUUAUUUGAUAAUUCAAAUGUGUUCUUGAAACUGCCAAAAUGAAGCGAAAAAGAACAUUGUGCCUAUUAAAGAGCAAAUAAAUCAUAUAAACAAUUAAAUAUGAUUUAACAAUAAACAUAAAACUUAAAUACACUGAAAACCAAUUUUAAUACAUUCGGUCAUGUAUCAGGAACACAAUGAGGCAAUAAACAAGGAUAGAUAAAAUAAUUAAAAAGGAAAAGUGAAAGACUUUGAUGAAAGAGAGCAUUGGUGAUAUGCGUCUGACUUACCAGUGAGAGAGCAGUGGUAAAACACCGGUUUCAUAUAAGAAAAAAGGACAGGACGGACGGUAAUAUAUCUUGAUUGAGUCAAUAGACCUUCUUGGACACCGUAAAAGAUGGUGAACAAAAAAUAAUUUUAAAUGAAGAGAGUGGUAAAUAGGAAAUGGAUCCAAAUAAAUUUUAUUGUCGCAAUGCAGCGCAGUCAACAGCAUCAACAUCAUCGAUUUCUUCAGCGACAUCGUCGUCAAUUGGUUGCGGCGGUAAUUCUAACCAGGAAUAUAUCGGUGCUUGCGGCUCUAGUCAUUCGUCUUCUGGUUUUAGUUGUAAAGAAUUGCUUGCAAGAAAUGCCAACAGUAAAUCCCUGCUUAAUCAGAGAGGGACCAAUGCUGCAACUGGUUUUGGUGGUAGCGCGAGCAGUACGAGUGGGUACUGCAGCAGUAAUUCAAGUGGGACCGGAAAUUAUAUUAACGUAAUGCCUGUGCCAGUGGGCACAUUGCAGUAUCAGCGAAGGAAGUUGACACCACAGGAAUAUCAAUCACGUUUGUAUUAUAAUACAACAGACUACAGAUGUCGCGACGACUAUUAUGGUUUAGGUGGAAGUGCGGGGACAGCUCGCUUAAAUACAUCUUCACCUUCGCCUUCUAUGCAUUUACAAAAUUCACAACAAUUACAGCAACAACAACAUACACAUCACCAACAGCAACAGCAACAACUGCAUCAUCAACAGCAACAGCAACAGCAACAACAACAUCACCAACAGCAACAACAGCAACAACAACAUCACCAACAACAGCAGCAACAUCAUCAACAGCAAAGUCAAACAACAAUAGCACAUCAUCACCAUUCACAGUCCCACCAUCAUCAACAGCAUCAACAACAGCAAAAUCAACAACAACAGCAACAACAACACCAACAGCAACAGCAGCAACAACAACAACAACAGCAGCUACAGCAAUAUCAAAUUCAACCGACGCCACAUACGCAGCAACAACUUCAACAGUUACAACAUCAGCAACAACAACAACAACAACAGCCACAUAACAUUCAACAUUCGCAUUCACAUCAUAUGCAACAGCAUCAGCAUCAACAUCAGCAUCAGCAUCAGCAUCAACAUCAAUUGAUCUGUAGUCCGAGCACUACAACAGAUCCCAUAGAUGAAGCGCUUAAUUGCAGUUUAGUAGCAAGCAAUAAUGGACGUGUGGUUGCAGCUGCCUCAACACAAACUAGUUAUAUUGGUAGUAAUGGAAAUUGUGAACAAUUGUUACCGCCAUCGUCAGUGUCACUAGGCACCAUGACAUUGCCUGGUCCGCCAAUGAUGUAUACGGUUCAUCGCGUAGUGACCACAGCACAGAUCCAAACUGCUGUUGGCAAUACGUUCGCUUCAUCAUCGAGCGUCUCAAGUAUAGUAAGUGAAGUGCGUAAUGAAAAUGAUGGCGCGAUUGCAGCUGGUACUGCUCUACCCACAAGUAGUGGUUGUUCUGCAUCUGGUGGUGGAACAGCAGUUAGUGGAGCGUCAAAUGGAGCAAUUGGAGUUGUUACCGAUGAUGGCAAUGUUUCAAAUGAUAAUGUUCUAAAUAGUGGUAGCAUAAAUACAGUUACAGGUCUUGACAGUUCAGCUGGUGUAAGUACAAAUUUCAUACCACAUCAGCAGAAAUGCACCAACGCUUCCGAUGUGCAAUCACAUCCCACAUCUCGAAUACCAAACAACAAUUUUAGUUCAACAUCAUCAUCAACCAAUACCAGUUACUUAAAUGGUGCUAAAUCGGCGUCAUCGUCGAUACCAAGGCCUCUGCAAAAUGUGAUACCCACGUGCGUGUAUUUAAUGUCUCGAGUUGCUGUACAUAUGGAGAUCGAAGGAACAGCUCAGUGUCCGACACAAGUGAUGCUGGCAGCUGCUCUGGGCUGUGAAGAAUUAGGAAUAGCUAACAAAUUACUGGCUCAAAGUAUUUUUGGUUUAUGGAUGACUAGUGCGCUAUUAGAAAUCCAAUUAAAAUCCCAUCAUCGGCCUUUUGUGGUUCGUGUAGCGUGGCCUAGUUUACUGGAUAAAUUUAGUCAUGGCAAUCCGGUUCAGAAAAAAUUCGAUGAGCCCAUGAUAAUGUUAAAACGAAAUGUUUUCUUUUCGAAACGUGAUGAAGAGAAAAUAAAAGACCAUAGGAUAUUAGAACUUUUGUACGAAGAAGCGAAACACAACGUGUUGACCGGUCGUUACAUUAUGGAACCAGUGCAUUCAUUAAUGUUAGGUGGUAUUCAAGCGCGUAUAGAAUUAGGUCCUUACAAUUCGCAUACACAUACAAUCAGUUUUUUUAGAGAAAACCAAUCAAGGUUCUUACCACAACAUGUUGCCAAAAGUUCUAACUGGUCGUGGUUGCCAGUCAGUCGGAAGAAUUCAGCUGAAGUGAAACUUCUUGAACAAUUCAAGAGGGUACCACAGACAGCCACAACGAGAAAAUUAAUGAGAAAAUAUUUAGAAUUUUGCUGGGCGCUUCCAUUUUAUGGUGCUGCAUUCUUUUAUGGACAAGUGGAGCAACCAGUGCGUGGUCUUAUGAGUUUAGUAAAUCACAAAGAUGUUGAAGUGAUUAUUGCCGUGAACGAGCGUGGAGUAUUCAUAAUAGAUCCAAUCGAAUGCACAUUGCUGCUUGGACUUCGUUUUGAAGACUUAUCGUGGGAUUUCGCAAAACCCAGUUCAACGGAUGAUCCCGAAUGUAUGACUUGUAUAUUUUUGCAGUUUGAUGCUGUGGAAAAUGGAAUACAAGUCUCAAAACUUAUGCAAGUAUUUUCAAGACAAGCUGCUAUGAUUGAUGCCUUAAUAUCCCAUUUUGCUGAACAAAUGAGAAAACGUAAACAGGACGGCAAUGGAUCUGAACAAUUCCACGAAGAACCCAAUCCUAUACAAAAUAAUGGAAAUGGUGUACUGUGCAAUAAAUUAUCUCGACUCACAUUAGCUACCUUUGAUGAGGAAGGACGAUGUAUUGGUCAAAUGGGAUCUCUAUCUAUAAGUUAUUAACAAUUGUUGUAUUAUUUUUGAUUUAGUUCUCUGUACAUUGUUUGGAUAAUAUUUUCUUUAUAUAUUAUUAACAAAAUUAAUAAGGCCGAGUUAUAUUAAUUAACGUUCUGUAAACUAAUUUAU